UAAAAUUAUUAAAAUGGAGGAAGGCAAGAUUGGCCGAGACCGCCUGUGACGCGCCGAGUCGCGCCAGUCGCGGAAUCUGGAGAAAUAGAGCCAGGGUGCCGAGGAGAGACCGCGGACCCAGGUCCCCGUGAGUAAAGACUGCUUUGCGCUCUUCCUAACCUCUUAAGCUCGUCCCCAUGUCGGACGCAAACGAGACGAGUACUCAGGACGCCGGGAACGAACCCUACGAGGAGAUCCCUGGUGCGCGCCGUUGCGAAGCCGACUCCAGGAUGACGGAAACCGACAUGUCGAUGCUCGAGGACGAGGAGAUGCCUACGUAUAUUAGCGUUUCCAGUCCCUCCAGGAUGGAGGAUACCAUCGGAGAGCGCAGGCAGCACCUCUCCGAGGUGGGCAAGGAGGAUCCUAGUCCGAGUCCUUGUCGGAGCGAUGAACAGGGUGGAGACGAUAGUGUCUACGUCGUCUCCUCGGGGGAGGAGACCGAUCGACCACCUUAUCCGGAAGACGAGGACUAUGACACGGAAGAAAUGGAAGAGCUAGAGCAGGAAGAUGAGUUGGAUGAUGAAGAGGAAGAUGAAGAUGUGGAAGACGAGCAGCCGUUGACGUCAGCUAGUGAAGAAGAAAGCGAUGGAGAUAUCGAGCCGGAACCGUUCGAUAGGGCUUCGGAUGAUCUGAAUCUCAGACAUAGCAACGGACUGACUAAAAUUCACAAGAAGAAGUAUCGGUCUUUGCAAGAUCUUUCUCACUCAAAAGAGACUUCUCAAGCGCGUUACGUCGACAAGAGGCACAGUGUUGACGCAUUGGAAUACAAUGAUUUCGGUUUCCCAAGAAAGCCAUUCGCAAAGUUCCAGCCGGCGCGUGUUAAGUCUGUGGACAGACGAUCCGUUGGCUCGAAGUAUGGCCAUGUACAAAGUAAAGUAAAACUUUACAUACAAGAGAUUAAAGAGCAGAACAGACGCUCUAUGGAGAAACGAAUGAAAGGCAGGGAGUGCACGAUAAACUCGAAUUACAGCGAUACGAAGAAGAAAGAUUUUCCCAACAGCGAGGAAACCACUAAGACCUUUGCGACCCUGAAGAACCUAAAACCUUACGCAGAGAUAACCCUUAAAGACCUGGCUAAUGAAACGGUGACCAUAAGGAACGAUCUAGUGAGCAACUCGAUACAUGUUAUGGAAAAUGGGGAGGAAAUGAUUACGGUGAAACGGUUGACAGUAGAGAACGACUACACCGAUGAAGAGAGAGAUAUGGAAGUGGAUAUCGAGCCGUUACAACCAGCGAAGAUCAUGAAGAGCACCGAAGAGAGUCUCGGAAAACCUAACGGAGCAGUGGGUGUCGACUCGGGGAAUCACUUCUCAGAGUCUCACCCAGAAAAGCCGGAGGAUUUUCCAACUUUAGUUGGCCCGUGUCUAUUCAACGGUCAGGAGCAAUCGUCAACGCUAAUCAAUCUGCAGACUCUUAGUUACGAGGAGUACAUGAAAGGUGCUUCGGUCCCCGACGACAAGGUCGAUGCUCCUGAAAACCUGUGCUUGGAAGAACAGAUCGAACCCCUGGUUCAUGAGAACAACAUUAACAUGCCGGAACUAGAAGAGACAAGUGACAUGUGCCAGUUAAAAAUCGAAAGUGUGACAAGUAUCUGCGUGCCCGACGAAGAACCCGGAGAGCUUCCGGAAUCAAGGAACUCGAAGCAGCAGCUGAGGAGUAUAUCGGAGAAAUUGGAAGAGCGAAGGAAUCAGGAGAACAGGGAAAUUAGUGUGCUGAGGUCGCAGUUAGAUCAAAAGACUGCGCAGUGUAAUGGGAUACGUGAGGUGUACCAGAAGACCUUGUCGGAGAACUUGGAGCUGAAGAAAGAGCUGGAGGAAAUGAAAAGAGCUUUCGCCAAGUACCAAAGUGACCACAGGCGACCGGAGACGAAGGUAGUGGCGAUACAGACAGACCCUUCGGAUCCUCCACCGGAGGUUGAAUUGAAAUCUUCGGAGACCAAUGGAUUAACGGAGCCCAAAAUGUCCACCAGUAGCACAGCUUCUACGGGGAGGUCUCACCUGUGGUCGGAAAGCAGCUACAGCCCCAGCAUAUCCACCCAGCCACCUAGUUUGACUCGCAUCCUUAACAACGAUGACACCAUGUCUAUUGUCGAAGACACUCCUAAUAAGUUUGCGAAGCCAUUGUCGAGUGCUUUUGUCACUUCCUCGCGUAUUCUCCAGACUUUGUCGGAUAUUACUCAGGGGAAGGCGAAGGAAGGUGUCACCUCGAUAAGUGACAAGGUCCAGGAACUGGCCAGUCCGGUGGGUUCGGUCAACUCUAAGAAGCGUAAGGCUACGGAUAUGUUGGGGGUUCCUGGUCUCCUUCAACCUUCGAAGAUUCCUCACACUGCGGGGGACUCGAAGAGGAGAACCAAUUCCAGCUUCGACUCCGAUGGGGAAUUCAAGCAUCCUGGGGAAUACUUGAUGAAGGGCUUGCUGAACCCCAGGGCAACCUCCAGCGUAGCUGAGACUACGAGUCAACUAGACCUUUCGCAGCAGGAUAGAGAGGAUAGCAUGGACGAUGGACAAGAGGAGGAGGUUAAAUGCUUCGUCUACCAGGAAGAUGAACACUCGAAGGACCGCAGCUUCCUUAUACAAGCUCAUGAACCGAAGAAAGUGGAGAAGGGAACUAUCAGAGAGUGCGGACCCUAUUUAUUGGGCAACGUUGAAGUCAGGAUGUCUGAAGUGAACGGAACCAUUAACAUCUGGGGGAAGGAGAUACCCUCGGACUCCGUGUUCGAGGAGGAGGGCGAGAGCGACGCAUCGAAAAAGUUCCUAGACACUAGCACGACCUCGCCCUGGCAGAAAUCCCCUAGAUCCCGAUUCUUCAACGGGAACCAUCUAGCAUGUUCCACCAGCAAGAAACUCAGAACCUUGCCAAGACUAAACGACUCCACCUCGUCCAGAGGGUCCCGGUCGACCGAUUUCGGGGCCGACAAGAGGAUGCAGGAAGACGACACCCAGGAGUACCAACCUAGCUGUUCCUUCAAAACCCCUACCAACAGAUGCCGCCACUGCGACGGCCAUAAUCGUCUCUCCUGGCCAUCUUGCCAGAAUUCUAAUAUCGGCAACAGACACGCUUGUUCCCCAAAUUACUCGGAGCAGAGGUCGGAGGCCCAGUGCUGCCACCAGGAGAAACACGACGAGAGUCAUCCCCACUGCCAAGUCCCUAGAAACGCCCACCAGACCUGCUCUACAUGCUUAGAGAAAUUCCAAGCCGUUGGGAAGCAUCCCGCCGUUUGUUGCGGGAAUCACUCGCCAGGGUGCGCUGAAGGCGACCCCAGGAGACGGGGUCUAGGUUGGCAGCGCCGGUGCGAGGACGAGGCUUGCCAACAGGGCGCAAGAAACGCCUCACAUCCUCGGCUUGGGGAAGACAAGGGAUGCCAACGUGACGAGAGAACUCCCCAGGGGAGGACCUGCGAGGAGGAGAACUGCCAACACUGCGGUCGCCGUUCUAGGUACAACGCCACCUACACGCCCAGUGCUGCCAACCUGAACCAGGGUGGCCACUCUCUCUCGGGCAAUCGCAGUCCUUCCACCCAGAGCGAAAACGACUUGCUGAUACCCAACAGGGCGACCCUGGAAGCGCCCGAGGUUCGACGGCGAAGACUGAGCGGCAAGAGGGUCAGGGGCAUCCUCCUGGACUUCUUGAAGGGCUGCGGGGAUUGUCGACCCCCCGCCAGUUCUUCGAGCAUUUAUAAAUCCAAUGUUAAUCAGGAGAAAGAGCAGAGCCCUGCUAACCGCAUCCCCCAGAUUCGGGUCACCCCCUGCUCCUCCGGGAACUCGUCGAUGGCGGAACUGUCGAGAGAGAAGACGCCAUCUACCGAGUCUACCGGGAGGUGCUGCCAGUGCUCCAGACGGAAGGAGGUCGCCACCGAGAUGGAGGCUCAGAUGGAGUCCAUGCGCCUGGAAAUGGAAGCCCAGAUGGAGUUCAUGCGAGUCAAGAUGGAGAAACUCCGCUCGCGAUCCGAAGCCGUCGUCGACAUGAUCCACAUGCUCUACUCCUCGGACCUGAAUUGAAACGACUGAUUGACGGCCCAUUUUUCUAUGUUUCUUCGUUUACACUUUAGACGCUCCUGUGUACAUAGCCGUGGACCGCCGUUUAGUUCGAGCGCGUCCCGCUCGCGGCGCUGCCCUCGCGGGUCGUUUAAAAGAACCGCUCUUUCUUCCUUUCUUUCCAUUUCUUUUCAUUUCAAUACUUAUUUGGCGGAACGUUCUUGCUUUUAUACCUUCAGACUUGGAUUUAUUAUGCAGAGAGACCAGAGACGUGAUCAGAAUUAAGUCUUAACCUCUGAAAUACUUAGUUAAGAGAAACGCUCACCAGUGUAGCCUGAUUUUCCGCAAUCCAGUUACUAAUUAAGGCGACGUGAAAGCGUCAUUAUGUACAUAUCGAAACGGGAAGAUGAUUAUGAGACUUUUCUGCCAAACUGAACGCACUGAAUAUUUAGAAAACUUAACGCGCGAUUAUGGAGGCCCUAAGGAAGAGCGCGAUGCUCGUGAAAGUUUAUUUAAAAAAAAAAAAAGAACAAUGCGUUUAUCCCAAACUCGAAUUAAGGAUACAGUUUAUUUCUCUUUUAUUCUUGAAAGUCAAAUUUUACGGGUGUCGCGUUCUUUUUUAGGUCUUCCGUCAUCGCGUGCUGAAGCUUCGAAUUAUUUCUUGCAUCUAUUUGGGAUAAAAGUUAUAAAUAUUUUUCACGUUUCUGUGUGUAUAUAAUGACCUUAAUACUCGCAGGAUAAUUCUAUGGCCCGGUUUAAUUUCCAAAUCAUCCGACGGUGAAUUAUUUGGGGAAAUACCGGCAGGAUAUUAUUUACGUGAAUUUCCUCGCAGCGACGUUGAAAUCCAAAAUGGCCGCCCUGAGUUUUCCGCACCCUUUACAUGAAAGGCGCCAGGAAUUAAUAUAAACAGUUGCGAAUAGUGAUUUUCCCCUAGGCAUUUAUAGACUGGCAGUAUAUACUAUGUCCAUGGGUUUCCCCGAUCACUUUUUCUAUUUUUAAUAUUUUUUCCUCGGGUUUCUUUCGACUCUCGCGAGAGGGAGCCACUCGUCUAAGAGUCUUCACUUUGGGGCGCGUCGAGAGAGGUUUAUAUAAAUAAAUAUAAAUAUAUAUUAUUAUAUUAGGAUCUGUAUUAGUGCUGUUUUAAGUUUCCUUCAGUGCGCGGCUAUUAUUGCCGGCUUUUCAUUUUAUUUUCACGCAGUUUGUCCUCGAAUGUCUGUCCAGGAAGUGAGAACAUUCCACGGUGUGCGGAAGCCCGUAAACAUUUAUAAAAAUACAUGGUCGAUUUAUUAAAUAAAAAGGAAAGUACA